GGAGGAAACGGAGCAUUACCGCGCGAGCUGUCAACGGGGACGAGUAGCGACGAGUAGAAGAAGGGCGCGCGAGUCGGUCCUGAGUUCCGCCUCCGGAAUCGCGGCGAGCCUGUUGCACUGCGCUCUUCACACACACACACCGGGCUGACUGCAACUUUCUGCCAGCUGCACGAGGAAUCCUGUUGUUUACUUUGCACUGUUUUUGUUUUUGUUUUCUUGUGCCAUGGCUGAAGUCACCGACUCGUCCUUCUCGGAGGUGGCGAACCGAUUUGCCCGAAAAGGGGCGCUGAGGCAGAAAAAUGUCCACGAAGUGAAGAACCACAAAUUCACCGCGAGGUUUUUCAAGCAGCCGACUUUCUGCAGCCACUGCACCGACUUCAUCUGGGGCUUUGGAAAACAGGGAUUCCAGUGCCAAGUGUGCUGUUUCGUGGUCCAUAAGCGCUGCCAUGAGUUUGUCACGUUCUCCUGCCCUGGAGCGGACAAAGGACCCGACACAGACGAUCCGAGAAGCAAGCACAAAUUCAAGAUCCACACGUAUGGCAGCCCGACAUUUUGCGAUCACUGCGGCUCGCUGCUCUACGGCCUCAUCCACCAGGGCAUGAAAUGUGAUACAUGCGACAUGAACGUCCAUAAGCAGUGCGUGCUCAAUGUGCCAAGCCUGUGUGGAAUGGACCACACGGAACGGCGGGGACGUAUCUAUCUGAAGAUCGAAGUGAAAGGAGACGAGCUGCACGUUACAGUGGGCGAGGCGAGGAACCUGAUCCCGAUGGACCCCAAUGGAUUGUCCGAUCCGUAUGUGAAGCUCAAGCUCAUCCCUGACCCCAAAAAUGAGACCAAGCAGAAGACCAGGACUAUCCGCUCCUCACUCAACCCUACUUGGAACGAGUCCUUCACAUUUAAGCUAAAACCCACAGAUAAAGACCGCAGGCUUUCCGUGGAGGUUUGGGAUUGGGAUAGAACCACCAGGAAUGACUUCAUGGGUUCUAUGUCCUUUGGAGUAUCCGAGCUGAUGAAGUGUUCAGCAUGUGGAUGGUAUAAAAUGCUGAACCAGGAAGAAGGCGAGUAUUACAACGUGCCCAUUCCAGAGGAGGAUGAUGGGAAUGUGGAGCUGAGGCAGAAGUUUGAGAAAGCUAAGCUAGGUCCUGGGAAGAAGGCCGUCACCCCUAUUGACAACAACAGGACCAGUUUGCCCUCCACUAAUCUGGACCAGGUCAAACUCACCGACUUCAACUUUCUGGCUGUGUUGGGGAAGGGGAGCUUUGGGAAGGUGAUGCUAGCAGAGAUAAGGAACACAGAAGAACUGUUUGCUAUAAAGAUCCUGAAGAAAGAUGUAGUGAUCCAGGAUGAUGAUGUGGAGUGCACCAUGGUGGAGAAGAGGGUGUUGGCACAGGAAGACAAGCCACCAUUUCUGACCCAGCUCCACUCCUGCUUCCAGACUGUGGACCGUCUGUAUUUUGUGAUGGAGUACGUGAAUGGUGGUGACCUCAUGUAUCACAUUCAGCAAGUUGGCAAAUUUAAGGAACCUCAGGCAGUGUUUUACGCAGCAGAGAUCGCUAUCGGGCUGUUCUUCCUGCACAAGAAGGGAAUAAUAUACAGAGACCUGAAGCUAGACAACGUGAUGCUGGAUGCUGAGGGGCACAUCAAGAUUGCAGACUUUGGCAUGUGUAAGGAGAACAUAUAUGAUGGGGUAACAACGCGUACAUUCUGUGGGACACCCGACUACAUCGCCCCAGAGAUCAUUGCGUACCAGCCAUAUGGUUGCUCUGUGGAUUGGUGGGCAUAUGGUGUGCUGCUCUACGAGAUGCUGGCUGGACAGCCACCAUUCGAUGGUGAAGAUGAGGAUGAACUCUUCCAGUCCAUCAUGGAGCACAAUGUGUCCUACCCUAAAGCCUUAUCCAAAGAGGCUGUGUCCAUCUGCAAAGGGCUGAUGACGAAGCACCCAUCGAAACGUCUAGGCUGUGGUUCAGAAGGCGAGCGGGAUGUGCGUGAACAUGGGUUCUUCCGCCGCAUUGACUGGGAACGACUGGAGAACAGAGAGGUUCAACCUCCGUUCAAGCCUAAAGUGUGUGGGAAGGGGGCCGAGAACUUUGACAAGUUCUUCACGCGCACGCAGCCACAGCUCACUCCUCCAGACGAGCUCGUCAUUGCCAACAUUGACCAGUCCGAGUUCGCCGGCUUCUCUUUCGUCAACCCGCAGUUCGUCCACCCGUCCCUCACCAACACCGUAUGAAGGAGGAAUGAGACAGGCUCGAAGAGUAACCCUACCUACACAAACCCCAGAAUGCCUCAUGUUUAUCCUUUUCCCAAUCACUUCUAAUACGAUUUCAAUCUUAACGCCAAACAUUUUCUAUUACUUUCUCUCUUAUAGGAAUUUUACAAUUAUUCGGCCCAUCAUUUCAGUUUUACGCCAUUCAGAGAUUGAACAGCACUCGGCUGGUAUUGUCUAGCAUGGGUGUUUUUGCGCUAAACUGACCACUUAAUAUCAUGAAGGCAUGAGAUACGAGUCCGUGUUGGUUCGUACUUUUUUCUCUUGACAUGAAACCCCAUAAGAGAUGCAAAAACCUGUGCUUCCUGGUGUUUAUAGUGUAAUCCAUGCCAGUCUUCCCAAUCAGGAAGCAUAAAGUCGGGUCCUAUCAGACCUGUGCGUUCAUUAUUUUCACCACCGAUAUGUCAAUUACCUUUGCUUGCGGUCUUGCUGAGAAGCAGAUGCUCCAAAACCUUUAAAGUUUUAAAGAGUGCUGAUUGAGCACAGAUCGAGCUUCAUCUUGGAAUUGGUGCCAUUUUUGACGGAGAAGCCAAACCAAAUACGAUUGCGUCAAGUUGUUAAGGAAACCUCAUUUAAUUAGCUUCAUAAAGCUAGCUGAAUGGCAUUAAUAUUCAAGUAUUCGCGUAGAUGAUUUUACGAAACGCAUCUAGUUUGGUUUUCUGCACCAUCAUACGGUAUCUAUAUACAGUAGAUGAUCAGUUCUCGAUUAAAACUCAAAACUUAUGGAAAGCAUUACUCUGUGUUAGCAUUGCUAACAUGACACUGCUUAAUAUCUUUGCAGUCUGUACGUAAAAUAAAAUAGCAAAACCAAAUCACGAUUAGUUCUUAUCGCAUUUAGCUUUUCUUCCAUCUGCAACAGUUUACCGUCCGGGCGCUUUUAAGAAGACACAUUUGAGACUUUUUUUUUUUGGAUAAUACCAUAAAAAAAGAAAACUUUUCCUCAUUUUUAUGGGGAUUUGUGGAACAUGCCAAGCAAUUGAUUUUUUUUUUAAUGAAAUUACUAAUGAAUUAAGACGGAAUGAAGUGUUUGCAUACCUGUCCUACACACGUGAUGUGUUGCAUGCUCCUAAAUUGAAAUAACACUAGAGUAUUAUGUUGUUGCAAUUACAAAGUUAUAUAUAGAUAUGCUACUUGCUGAAAUCAUCUUUCUACUACUAUUUUAGAUUUCUUUUCAAUAUUUUUUCUUCCUGGCCUACUAGUGAUCAUUCAAUAUAAUCUUGCAGCAGUAUAUUAAUGAUUUUGUAAAUACUUCUAGGUUAUUUAAAGAGAGAGAGAGAGAGAGAGAGAGAGAAUAGCAAGUUGAAAUUUUUAUACCAACAACUGAAUGUGUUUUUAUGACAUUUAGCUGAUAAUGAGUUCCCUAGAACCAUCGAUUUUGCCGGGUUACUGUCCUCGCAUGACUUUCAAUCAGCUGACGUUAACUUUCGGAAAAUUUUACACAAUGGUUUAGUAAUCCUUUCAGUCUUGUUUUACCUGUCCUUUAUAAAUGUUUACUUCCUAAUGAAACUUUUAUAUACGUGUAUAUACAAUGCAUAAUACACUAUUGUUCAAAGGUUUGGAAUCACAUGACAUUUUAAUCUCACAAUCUCAGAAAAAAAAAAAACAGGUAGUAAACCGUACAAUUCCUUUUCAAUGAAGUGGUGCCAUCAAGCAAACAUAUUUUCUACCUUUCCUUUUACUGAGGUCUAAUUAUGUGCCUUGUACUUAUCAAUACUUACGAAAGGUACAAAGACGUUUAUUCUAUCCACGUUCACUGGAUAUGAGCAAUCGCGCGCUCUGAUUGGCUGUUCUACUACUAGGAUAUAUCCCUUGAGUAGAGAAAAACAAAAUGGCGGAGCACAUUGCUGAACCAACCGAGGACGAAAUAAAAACUACUCAAAAGCAACCCCCCCCAAAAAAAAAUAAGAAUAAAAAGCAACAAAAUAUGGAAUGAAAGUAUUUGAUGGUAAGAACGUAUCUUUUUAAAAAUUUUUCAAGAAUUAUUAUGAUCACAAAUUGCUACUGUCAUUUCGCCGGUUUGUUAAGCGGAAAUGAUUUUGUCGGACGUUUUGUAUAAAGUCUUUAUUUAUCAAAUUUGCAAAAAAUAAAAAUGCUCUGUUUCUCAAAAUCCAAUUAUUUUACUCAUUCUUGUCGUACAUGGCUUAUAGCUAACUCGGUGCUACGCGCCUCGUUGGCUAUCGGCUCAUGUACGACUCGAUUUUGUGGAAUAAUUGGUAAAUAUUUGCGAUACCACUACAGUUGUUGUUUUUUUCUUAGAGUGCGUUAUCAUUAUUUUAUAUACUAAACUCUAAUAGAGUUCAAUAGAUAUAGCAUGUACCAAACACCAAAAUUUUUUUUUUUAUUUAGUAUGUAUGUGUUUUGUAUUGACGGAAGCAUUUUGAGGGGGGAAACGGAAGGAAAUGAUGUCCUGGAAUUGUCCAUGUAUACCGUAGUAAUUAUGAAACUAUAGCAAACUUAUAGUUUAAGUGUUUCCACAUAAAGGUUUGAUCACUACUUUCCUAACAAAAAAUAAGAAUAAUUUUAUAUUAACAUGUUUAUACUGAAGCUAUACAACUUUUAUUUUUGAAAUUUUGGACUGAUUGAGGUUAUUCCAAAAUGAGUUAUUCCAGACGCAGAAUGAUGGACAGCUUUCUACAAAAGACUUCAGUGCAUAGCUUUAGGAUCAUAUUACAAUCGUUUUAUAGAUUUGAAAUAACACUGUUUGGUUUAUAUUAUGGAUAACUUUUAAUUUAGAAUUUUUUAAGUGAUGUUUUCAGACUAUCUCGCCUCUCGCCCGAUGUCAGUUGGGAUUGGCUCCAGCUUCCUCACAACCUGCAGUGGAUAAGUGGUAUGGAAAAUAAAAUGAAAUGAAUGAAAUGAUUUCCGACUUUUGAACGGUAGUGUAUAUAUAUGUGGGGGGAAAAAAACUAAAAUCACGGGUACAUAUUUGUGCAAUUGGAGUUUUUAAUGUACUGUACUAAGGUUUACAUCACAGCUUCACCUACUUAAAAAAAAAAAAAAAAGGUAGCGUGCUAGACAUCAGCACAGACGCUUAUUAAACAACCCCCAUAUGUUUCCAAACACGUCUGUAUUGUGUCUGAGGGUUGAUUGGUUGUAAAACGUGAGCUGAUUGGCUGCUAUGGUUCUGUGGUUGCCUUGGCUUUUCCAGCCUGCAUGUUGGUUAUGCUAAUAGUAUGCACAUGGAAACUUUAUUAAAAUAGACACAUAUGGAGUGUAUAAAUACUGCUAUGGAAAAAAAAAAUUUAAGAGACCAGUUUUAAUGGUGGUCACCAUUAAAAGUGGUCUCAAUUAUUUCCAUAUAUAUAUAUACACAGAGUGUGCAUGAUGACUGAAGCAUUCCAGAUCACAAAGCAUGGACUUAAUGUGGCAAAAAGAUAUCUUAAAUAACGGGAUGUGUUUCGUCUUCUGUCAGUCUUAAAAGUAAUGAAGAUAUUGAAUUUCUUUUCGUCUUGUCAAAUUUGUACUGUGUGGAACUGCCAGGUUGUAGGGAAUCUGUAACAUUUGUCCAUUUUCUGAUCUCUCGCACUAAUCCAAGAAACUCCAAAAGGAAGAUCCGACAACAAUCUGGUUGUGAGGUCUUCAAACUUUCCCAAACCUUUUGGUUAUCAUCAUCAGACGCACAACAAAAUAUCAGCUCAAUUUCAGCACCAACUAUCGAGAAGUAUCGCGAGUUAAAGGGAUAGUUCGGGAUUUUCGACAUGAAUCUGUAUGGCAUCCCCAUCGAUAGUGUCGUGCAAACACACUGACUUACCCC